AUGGAAAGAGGAUCCUAUUUAAAACUAGACCAGAUUGAUCAAAUAGAAAUAGAGCUGAACGAGCAUGUACCUGCAGUUUCGCUGGUCGAGCCAAGCGAACAAAGUGAUUUUGAUGGUGCGCAGAACAAACGAAUAGAUUACGUGCUUGUUCAUGAAAUCACGAAGGACACUAAAGAGUUGGAUGAGGAGGCAGCCAAAGCGAUCAGAAAGUUUGAACGCUGGAGAUAUUCCUUUGAAAGAUCCCUCGAAAAUAACCUUGGGUUAAUUUUACAACGCAAGAUCGUCGACAUUGAAGACGUAGGUGUACGGGUGAUGUUUGUUUGGUAAAUUUUUGUUCAACAACUGCAACUUCAGUUUGGGUUAUGUAGUGCUAAUUAAGAGUUCCUUCAGUUAAAAUAUACCUGGGAACUCCUAUAAUCUGUUCCAGGCGUCCAGGCCCGGGUUGCUCGAAGCACGGUUAGUGCUAACCAGCGUUAAAUACCAUGGAGACCUAUACAUUUUGACACCUCUUAACCAACGGUUAGCGCUAACCCGGCUUCGAGCAACCGGUCCCAGAUCGCGCAAAGAGAUGUGAACAGAAACUACUAUCUGAACGCGUGGAACAGGCUAUAGGAACUCCUCCUGAGCACUACUUAAUAAAUUUAGUGUAAAUUUGGCUUUUGAAAGCAUCACCUUUUGUUUGAAGUGAAUAAUAACAGGUUAUAAUCAUUAUUAAUUAAUUGAGCAUCUUUUACUUUCUAGAAUAGCACUCGCAGCAAAGAUUUAAAUACCAGUCAUUGAGCGGCAAACCUUCUUCGACCAUUUAUUUAGAUAAUAUAAACAAAACAACUGAAAUAACAGCUGACAUUUUGUUCCUUCUCCAUACAAUCAGUAGGAAUGUUCUUUUUUUUAUAUAAAAGCACUACGGAUGUUACUGGUUCUUUGCUGUUACUGCAUAUAUGACAAAGUGAUGAAACUAUACUAAUAGUAGUAUUAGAGAACAACAUUAUUCUACCUUGACCUACAGUAUGGUGUUAAGUUAUGAUUUUUUUUUGUUUCUCCAUGUUUGCUUUGUUUCUUAAAUUUGGCGCCACAACUCGUCACCAGGAUCUCUGACCUUUUGUUACCUCGGAAACCGGGCUGAAAUUUCUCAUAUGAACCCAAGGCGAAAUUCGUCUCGAUAAGCGGGUCAUUCCGGUCAACCAGGUUCAUGUCAAGAGGCCCUUAGCAGUCUUGUUUGUGCACCUGUCAAUUUUUUCUUGAUCUGUUGUUAUAGGAGCCGGGAAAAGAGCGCCAUUUUACUCUGAUACAUGCCCCAUGGGAAGUCCUGGUACAUAGCGCUGAGGAAAUGAAGCUGAAAGUUCCCAUCCAAGUAAAUGACGUGGUUUUUUCAACUUGGCUAGAAGAACUUAUCGGCUACAACAGGUAUGAAAAGCUAAUAAGAAAGAAUCCAUUUGCAGUACGUGAUGACUCUUGCUGAUAAAAUGAGCCCUUAUCGCUCUCUGCCAAUUUUGCGGCCCAUUCUUUGUCAAACUCGCUCUUCGAUUUCUUUUUCGCUCUCGGUUUCGAUGACGAAAACGGACACGACCUUUUCUUUUUUUGCGGCAUUGUUACCAAAGCAAACGCUAAAUAUCCACGGAGAAUAAUACUGAAGGCUAUAAACAACCCGAAGACAAUUUGCACGUGUUGUGUCGAAGCACGCACUCGGUAUCACGUUACUAGUACACAGGGAAGUUAAUUGAUAUAUGACACGGGUAUGACAGAUCUUGUCAACGCUCAAUAAAGAUAAUUAACGAGAAAAAAUCUUUUACCCCCGAUAUCUUUCGACAGAAAUAAUAUUUUCUUCUGAUUUUUUUUUUUAAAAGAAAGCUCUCAAGCAUACCUAUUUGAAAACGUUGAAACCUCAAAUAUGGAAAAAUAGCAAUUUUAAGGGUGGCUGAUACCUUAAGUCAGCUAUCAUAAAAAAAAUAUUGCUAUUAUGGUUGAAAAAGGAACCGAUUAUUAGUUCCUGGCUUGAAAGCUUUUAGGGGCGCUUUAUGCAAACAGGCCAGAAAUUAUCCAGAAACUAUUUAAUCUGGUUAGUUGUCUUUUCAUUUGAUGUUAACACUUUCUAAGUUGAAUAGCUUGACUUAAUGCCAUGGAAGUGCCAUUCCCUCCAACUGCUUUACCUGCCGAAGUACUUAAAAAAGAGCUCCUUCAACGCCCCGUUCUUGUGCGAGCCAAAUUUUCUAUCUUCCGUUCAACCAGUCGUAUAGUUAGGGAGACUGUAUACAGGAUAUAUAUUAUUGCUUAAUAUGCGAUAUGAUUUAUAUGCAUCUAAAUAUUGCAUGGCAGCCAGGGUAAAUUGAACUGUUACAGUGCAAUAACAAUUGUACCCGACCAAGUGAAAACGAAUCUGCUAUUGUCAAUAUGCUAUAAUCUGUUAUUUAGUAGGAACACAGCCAAUUACAAAAAUGAGCUCUGUAUAACAGCUGCAGUUUAAUAGUACGUUUCCAGGUUUACUUUUAAUUAGCUAAUAUACAAAAACUGGGCGCAUCAAACUUUAAACGACUUUUGUUUUCUUUCUGGUUUGUUUUGGUUUGCCUUUUUUUAGUCAUUGCGGUUCUUUGAAUUUCAGUAAAUCGUCUAAUUUCAAAGCCACUCCUUUUGGUAAGAUUCCAAAAAUACUUGGUAAAGGCUCAAAUUGUAUUCACACAUACGGAGAACCUACAGCUGUAGAUAUGAUGAGUUCAAAAACUCAAACUUGCGCAAGGUAAUCCAUCUUCGUUAAAAGUCCUCUGCACUUUUAUUUCUCGUCGCGUUUAAAUGGCAGAGACUUGAGUCUUAACUCACUCCUUUUGUAUUUUGACUAUGGUUGGGUUACACAAUUGGAAAAACUUUGUCAUAGACAAAUGAAAAAAGAAAAAGCCAAAUAGGAUUAAUUAGGCUAAUAAGUCCAAUGAUUUUAUUUGCAACAUCCGCACAUGGACGUCGUGCUGAUUUGCCUGUUCAAUUUGCUUUUGCUUUAAAGCUGAAAGACAAUAAAAAAAACAAAAAAUCCUGGCAGCGGGGAAAUAAAACGGCUGCAAAUGAGCUCCACCCUGAGAAUGUGGCUUAAUUAGCCUAUUUAAUUCCUAUUUGGCUUUUUCCUUUUUCUCAUUUUUCUAAGACAACGUUAUUUCAAUUGGGUGUAGCUCAUGAUCCUCCUUCAGAAGUGGCAAUGGCCCCCUUUAAGCAGGUGUCUGUACGACAGGGUCCGAGAGAAUCCAUCUUCAGCAAAGAGGCCUUCGUGAGACAAAUGGAUUGAUAAUGAUGUUUGAAGCAACGCCGUCGCCGACGCGGUUGUUUAAACUCCUUACUUGCCCAUUUUAAGAAAUUUUGAAGGUUUAAAGGCUAAAGCCCCAUUGUUAUCUGUACUUUGUGAAUCGGAACAUAACCAACCAGUAACAGCAACUCACCACUGUAGCCUUACUCAUAAUGAAAAACUAUAAACUACAGACUGAAAAUUCCUGUUCAGUUUUAAUCUCCUCACAUUUCUCUUCCUUAACUGCUAAAGGUAAAUAGUUACUUAUUAACAAGAUUAAUUGCUGUCAUACGUUUGUAGAAUGACUGUGUACCGGCUCUGUUGGGCAUGGCUACAGCGUACAUGUACUUAAAGCAGACUCCCAGGGCUCGUAAUCAGCUGAAAAGGAUCGCCAAAAUGAACUGGAACUCAGAGGUACAGUAUCCUUAGACACUAUCUGUUUUGGGCCCGUCACACAGUCGCGGUUGGAAAGCGACGAGGGCAUGCUUGAAACGAGGCCAGGUUUCAAUUUUAUAGAUCUUUUACAAGUGUAAUUUACAAGAGUGACCAUUGUUUUAGAGUCUGAAACAAUAACUACACUUGUAAAUCACACUACUAAAGGUUUUAUAAAACUGACCCCAGGUGUAGAGUUUACAACAAUCAGAAGGCAGCUUCCGGGUAGUUUGGUGCUGCGAUUACCAAAUGACGCAUUGCAAAAGGUGGAAUAAAAGUGGUUGGACUCAUCAGCUAACCGACUUAAGUUUCCGGCGUAGCUCGAAGAGACUUAUAAGGGAAAUUAAGGUUAUAAAUUUGUUCAGCAACUAACAUAUCGUACUCUUUCAUUAGGAGGCAGAGGAGUUCGAGAGAAGUUGGCUUCUACUGGCGGACAUUUAUAUCCAGGUACAGAAAAAUAAGUGAAAAUUUUAUCGUCAAUGUUGCACUUCAUUCACUUAUUACGAUGAGUCACAUGUUUUGCUUCAUCUCAUACUCUUGUACCAUGCGGGACAAAAACAACUAAAGAGGAAAACUUUUUUGCUCAACUUAUCCUCCGUUUGCUCGAUCACUAUAUUUUCAUAUUCAAGACAGUAGAAGAACCAUAACACAAGCUUCUGGUAAUAGUCCCAAAUCACUGUUUAAUCCUUUGCGUAAAUUAUUAUACUUUCAGUCUGGCAAGUUUGAUAUGGCUGGUGACUUGCUGAAGAAAUGCCUACAGUAUAAUAAGGUUAGAAACGCUUAGUUAAUCGCAUGAUAUAUUAUUUUAUGGAUGAAAGGGGCUGAAAAAAUCGUAUUUUCAUAUAUCAUUGUUACUUAAGAAUUCAACAUUGCUGGUCCAGCAGGCGAGCAUACCCCACUGGUCUAAUAACAUUAACCCUUCUUUUCCAAUUUACGUUGUUAUAUAGAAUUGUCAUCAAUGUAACUCUGUACGGGAAGCCGGUUCUAUUAAAAAUUUGCAAAAAUAUGAACGAGUAAACUAAAGUUAUAUUAGACGAUAUCGAUGCAUUACUCAUUUUGAAAUAGAUGUUGUUUAAUAAUAAAAAUUCCGGACAAAUUGCCCUAUUUAAUCCCUGUGAGUGUAUUGUACCCCGGUUAAGAUUUCAGGUGAUCGACAACUCUCUUUAACGAAGGCGUUGUGUAAAAUUAUUUUUAUUAUUAUUGCUAUUGUUGUUGUUGUUAUUCCUUUUUGUGUACAGUGGAACCUCUCCUUUGGUACACCUCUAUUGAAAGGACAGCUCCAUUGAGAGGACACAAAAUUUGGUCUCGGAAAAAUGUUCACAUAAUCUUUGUAUAUGUUACUUCUGUUGUUGAGACACCUCUAUUCAGGGGAAAGGGACACUUUUCCUGGGUGCCGAAACCUGGGUCUAACCUCCAUUCAGGGCGCACCUUAGCGCUCAAAAAAUAACUGACCACAAAGUCGAUGACAAAUUUACAAAGUUACAUCAGUCACAGUGAUGACAGCUUUUAAAGCAUGAACGAUAUAAAUUUAAAUCGAUGUACUGCACUUGUGGGAAUUCAACACACAGCGUCGCAGAGAUAUGUUAAUCAUGAUUUUUUUUUAAUACAUUAUCUAGCUGCUUGAAAUAAUAACUGCAGCAGAUGCCGUGACAGAAUAAAAGAAAAAUAUUUUAUUUGUUGCUUGAUUAUUAACAAAACCCAGCCCAACCUCCGUUCAGGGGGCACCUCUAUUCAGGGACACUUUCCUUGGUCCCAAGGGUGCCCUCUGAAUAAAGAUUCCAGUGUAUUUUGUAACUGAACUCAAUGAUUGUAUCCUUUUUACAGUCGUGUUGCAAGGCCUGGGAGUAUAUGGGUUAUAUUAUGGAAAAGGAGCAAGCUUACAAAGACGCUGCCAAAAACUAUGAGAAUGCUUGGAUCUACGGCAACCAAAACAACCCCACAAUUGGUAUGUUACACAUAUUAUUUGAAAAGCUAAAAGCCGUUGACGGAAAUUGUUCUGAAACUCGCAAAAAUCUUACUCCUGCUCUUGAAGAAGAGAAGGAGAAAGUCGAAAGACUGUAAAUCUAAAAUAUUUAAUAAGCCUUUGGCAAGCUUUGGAUGAAUACUCCUAAUCUGAAAUGUCGAAUGAAUCCCCACCUGCUACCUAUUAUAAUCUUCUUUGUGCCUUGACUGUUAGUUUGUUAAAUGCUUUGGUAACAGCAGGAACAAAAAACAAUGAAAGACAAUGAAAGAAAUCUAUUUCGUAAAUAAAAAAAUAUAAAAAUAAUAAUAAAAUAAAAAUGUGGAAUUAGACGUGAGAGAAAGUAUUGCAAAUAAUUUUUAUUCUUCACAUCAAUUAUACAAUGGUGAAAAACCUUUUUCAUAGAUUGAAUUGUGUCUGUGAACGUCCAGGUCUGAUUAAGAAAUUCAGUAAAGAUAGCUGCCGUGAAGAGAUUCAAUUUUUUUUUGUCAAGAAGUAGUUCGUUAGAAAUAUUCAAAGGGGGUGUUAAUCACCAAAAGUUUUCUUUUAAAAUGAAAUUGUCCAAAGUAAAUUACUGCAAAUGCAUUCUUUACAUUUAUUUCUUCAUCAAGCACUGAAUACAUAUGAAUUAAAUAUAUUCAUUAUUUCAUGAUCUUCUUAGGUUAUCGACUGGCUUUCAACUAUCUCAAGGCCAAGCGCCUGGUGGACGCUAUUGACGUAUGUCAUAAGGUACUACUGUGUUCUCUCACAAAUUUCUUUUCUAUUCUAUUCUAUUUUUAUAGUACUAGAAAUGGUUAAAUUGUCUGAGCGAGAUUAAUUAUUGUAGUGGAGGUACGCUACAUCGAAUAAGUUACCAACAGCAGAGUUGGACCGACUUAGAAUUUGCUUAAACCUUUCGCCGUGUGCUACUGAAAUGCAAGUCCAUAUUAGCUAGCGUACAAAUGUCUUCUCAGCUAGCUAGCUUCUUUUCACUUGCCAGUGCUUCACGCAAACUGAUAAAUGUAAGAGAUGGAUACCAUCUUUUUACUUUGAAGCGCGCUGCGGAGGUACCAUUUGUUCUUUUGUUUUCUUUGUUGUUGUUGUUGUUGUUGUUGCUUGUUUUUUCGUAUACGUAGCACUUAAACGAGAGCUUCCCCUCAUCUUAACUCUCUCAGUUUUUCACUCAAACACUCACUCAUCCUGCACUCACUCCUUUGCAGGUUUUAAACCAGCAUCCAAACUACCCAAAAAUCAGAAAAGAAAUCCUGGAUAAAGCACGUCAAGCUUUGAGGGCCUGACUCGUUUGAUUGCUAUGUAGCCAAGACGCUGGACGUUUUGUCGUUAAAUAUGGACUGGACUUACACACAUAUACUUUAAAUUAAGAAAACAUCUCGCUAUUUCGUACAACAGGCACGGUCUCAAUUAAUCCAAUGCCUUAUUUCUCCUUAUUUCAUAUCUUUAAAAGAUAAAAAUUGCGAGAACGUAAUCGGCUGGUUAUAAACGAAGUGCGUUCUAAUCCAUUUUUCGAUUUUGCUUUGCCUGGGCCGAGUUGUUGAAGAGGCUUCAGUUGUUCAAAAAGCUGGUGGAUAGCGCUGUUCAAAGAAUAAAUCCAUAUCCAGUAGAUUAGUAUUAAGAAAACUAAUUGAGUUUUCCAGUGGAUUGUGCUUUAUCCGGCUAUUCACUUUUUUUGAACCACUUGAUAAGCGCAAAACCAGUCUUAGUUACCGUGACAACCCAUAUACUCUCGUUUGCACUUAAGAGCCAUUAUCUGAGAAAAUCGAGAAUCGCACGACACUCGUCAAAAAAUCGAAUUUUUUUUUAUUUUGCCAAAACAUCCCUUUUAGUGACCUUAUUUAAGGAAAAAUAGUUUUGGGUUCAAACGAACUUGGAGCUGUCAUUGGCGUUAUAGUAUACCGUGCCGCCGUAUUUGCUGUCUUAAGCAGCAACCGUGACAGCAACAUUAAAAAACAAGCUCGUCACAUUACAACGGUAUCAGCAGGCAUUCUAAAUCUUAUUGCAAUUAUGCUGUUGACUAAGGUCUACGUUAAGCUAGCAACCUGGCUGACAGAUUGGGAAAACCCGCCUACGGAGUCCGCGUAUAAGGACAGCUUCACGUGGAAGAUGUCGUUGUUCCAGUUUGUCAAUAACUAUUCCGCCAUAUUUUAUAUCGCAUUCUUUAAGUCUGAGCUAAUCGUGGGCACGCCAGGAAGAUACAGAAGAAUUCUGGGAAAGUAUCGACUAGACGGCUGCAGUGAACAGGGGUGCUUUCUGGAACUUACCAUUCAACUUUUUAUCAUUAUGGUGGGGAAACAGAUUUUCUUCAACAUCUUUGAAUUAGCAAUGCCGUAAGUACGGAAAAUCCAUUUAUAGCGAAAUUCGUUGUAUCUGGCUGUGCGUUUUGCAACUCUCGGGUUUUUCCAGCUUACUUGCAAGAGUUCAAAAGGUCAUGGUUUGUGAUUUAUGAUUGGUAGAUUUCGAUCAGCCAAGCCGGGCGAGCAUUACAUUGUGAGUUGCAUGAACCCCGCCUUCUUUAAAGUGAUUGAUGGAACAGAAAAACCCAAAUUUCCUUCUAAAUUUGCAUUACGCACAGCGCGAUACAACGAAUUUCGCUGUAAUUUUACUCAGUGCGAAGUAAAAAACACGUUGGAGUACAAUUUAUAGUAUUUUCGAUUUCACUCAGCUGGAAAUUUGUUUAUUUCAUGCUUUACAUUCAGUUACCAUGUGGCUGUAUUUUUGUAGAAGUUUACGUACUGAAAUAUAACACGAAUUAGUAAUAUUAAGUGCUUUUCAGAAUACAAAAAAUAAAAACAUAACAUAACAUAAAAUAAUAUGAAAAAAGUUUUCAGAUUAUAGCGUUGUGAAAAUUUUUGAAAAUGAGCAUCAAUAAACAAAAAACAAAACAGGACCCACCCAUGAACAACAUUAUGAGCGCUUAAGGGCUGGUUUCUACGAAGUUCCCUGCUUUAAUAUUUCCGCUAAGGCUUAAAAAUUUUAGAAUCGGUUGUUUCAUUUCUAAUACUUGUGUGUAACAUUUCAACAGGUUCUUUAAGCUGUUAAAAAAUCGGCGCAAGAAAAACAGUCCAGAAAAUGCUCCUCAGUAUGAAAAAGACUUUGAUCUGACGGCUUGUGAAAAGCAUUAUAUGUUUUGGGAGUACUUAGAAGUAGGUAAGUACACUGAUAAUGUCACCUAAUUGAGGGUCUGAGUGGUGGUACCUCGAUAACACUUAACACUUAGUAACAUGAAACAGUUAAAUUUUAGGCGUUUCAACACUUAACGCUAAAGAAAUCCGCCUUUGAAACAGUAAUUUUUUUCCAGAAAGAAGCAAAACCGGCUCCAAAAAGGCCAAUAUUAUUUUGUUUAGUAUAACAAAAAGUUUUCGGCCAUUUUACGACAAUUUCGGAUUAUUUCAGAAUAUUUCCGAAGGCUACCGUCGAUUUCCGAAGACUGUCGACGAUUUUCGAAGACUAACGAAGAGGUCCGACCAUUACCGAAGAUGUCCGAAGGGCCCUCCAAAUACUUGUACACCAUUGCGUUUAUCUACUAGUCAACCUCGUUUUAACGAAUAGUCUUACUAGAUUAUGAUACUAAUAUUACUCGUAAAGAAAAGACAUAAACUUAAUAUCAUACAUUCAAAUUCCAAUUUAUUUCCAGUCCUUCAUUAUGGAUUUGUGACCAUGUUCGUUGCUGCAUUUCCCCUCGGCCCUCUAUUUGCACUUAUAAAUGCCAUCAUUGAAAUCCGCGUAGACGCCAUAAAGUUCCUCUGCUACUUUCGACGUCCUGACGUUGCUCGCGUAGCUGACAUAGGAGCAUGGUACGGCGUGCUUGAGGCAUUGACAAGGGCGUCGGUGGUUGUGAACGCUUUCCUGUUGGCUUUUACUUCCGGAUUCAUCCCUAAACUUCUUUACAGGGUAGUGUACGCAAGUGAUCACCAUUCAAGUUGGGGUGGUUCGCUUAAAGGAUACGUCAACUCUUCUUUGGCAGUUAUAGACUUGAAAACUCUCUAUAGGUGGGAGAGUGGUACUCAGCCUGAACAUCCCGUGGAGAACUUGAACUACACAAGAGACUACUGCAGGUAAUAAAUUCUUGUGUUUGAACAUGGAAAUUUUUGUUUGUAAAGAACAGCAGCUGAGCAAUCAGUUACCUCACAGAAAUAGAAAAACUUUUAAGUCCUUUUAUUUCCUUUAAAUUAUAAAAGGGCUUUUGCGGAUUAUUCGUAACCCGUAUACAAUUGAGCUAAUCAUCCCAGCUUGUGUUCGAUUGGUCCUCGGGCUUCGAAUCCCAUCUGCAAUAGCCUGAUUUCCACAUUCAUAUUCGUUAUUUAUUUCAUUCUGAAAGUGUCUAUUUUUCUAAUUCAUUUGGUAGGAAGACACUUUUUAUAGCUUUUUUUUUUUUAAAUGAUGACAGAUGGCGUGUAAUAGCCCCUUUGACUGAAAUAAAUAUUCUUUCACAUUAAAGGAGUUUCUUUUCCUCUUAGUCAGUUAUGUGUGCUUAGUCCACAUAUUGUCUCUUAAAUAGGUAUCCUGGUUACUUUGAAAGCACCUAUCCAUACAGCUACUCCAAGCAGUACUGGCACCUACUCGCCGCCCGCCUCGCUUUUGUGUUUGUGUUCCAGUUCGUAGUGUUCACGGUCACUAGCUUCAUAGCAUGGGUAAUACCAGAUACGCCCGAUGAACUCAAGUUUCAGAUGGAAAGAGAGAAAGAAAUAAUCAACUCGAUAUUUCUUCGCGGCCAUGAAUACGAUAUUGAUUUUGAUGACGAAGAAGAAGAAGAAGAUGAGCCACCUUUUGAGGACGCCAAAGAGGAAGUGGAUUCUUGA